AUGUCGGCCGCCGUGCAAUCCGUCCAAUGCUUCGGCAAGAAGAAGACCGCGACCGCAGUGGCGCACUGCAAGCAAGGAAAGGGCCUCGUCAAGGUCAACGGCAAGCCGCUCUCGCUCGUCGAGCCGCAGAUUCUGAGGUUCAAGGUGUAUGAGCCGCUGUUGAUUUUGGGGUUGGACAAGUUCUCCGACGUCGACAUCCGAGUGCGAGUCCGUGGUGGUGGCCACGUCUCACAAGUCUUCGCCAUUCGCCAGGCUAUCGCAAAGAGCAUCAUCGCCUACUACCAGAAGUACAUCGACGAGCACAGCAAGAACCAGCUCAAGCAAGCACUCGUGGCCUACGACCGUACCCUGCUCGUGGCCGACAACAGGCGAUGCGAGCCAAAGAAGUUCGGCGGUCCAGGUGCGCGUGCGCGGUACCAGAAGUCUUACCGGUAA